UAAAAUCAUAAAAAAUGCGGGAGUUAAAAAAAUAAAUUAAGGAUUUAUAAUAAAUACUAGACAUAUUUAUUAUUGUUUAUUUUAUUUUAUAUGUAUAAAAUAUAAAUAAAAAUGUUACAUGAAUUGUUAUUAGCAUUGUGGGGUUGUCCUACGAGUUUAGAAGAAAUAGUUGAAAAUGAUAUUAUAAUAUUUGAUAAAUAUUUUCAUCCUGGUGAAAGAGGGCUGAUAAAACAAAUAUUAAAAAUAGCUAGUGAUUGUAAUAAUAUAAGAAAAUUUAUAAAAACAUACUCAACAUCACAUGCUGAUCUAGAAAAUGCAAACGAACAAGAUCCAUUAAAUAGAGGAUUAUAUUUGCAAGCACUUUGUAAUGGUAUGGAUCAAGCAUUGGCGCCAUUUAGAGAUGAAAUUGUCGAGUUGGAAAAAACAAUUUUAAAAAAUGCUCAUACUCCAGCCACUGCUAUUUUAUCUACAGUUGAAAAUUAUCAGUUUUUAUUUAAUAUUCUCAAUAGUAUGAUUCGUAAGAUCAAGACACAGAGGAUCCAUGGAUGCUCACUACUGCAGUGUGUCUACGAAUUGAUGAGCACGGACAUAAUUGAAGUUAAACUCGCGUUACAAAAAAUGUUGCAGUCAGUUCAUAUUAUUUUCUAUAAGCAAUUAACGAGCUGGCUAUUGUAUGGGCACUUGGAGGAUACUUACAAAGAAUUUUUCAUUCAAAAAAAAGAAACAGCGCAAGAAAGUUUACUGUUUGCUGAAAACAAAGACAAUUCUGGUGACAAUAAAAAUCAUAACGAGAUGUGGAAUUAUGAUAUUGCUGUCAAUAUGCUGCCUUCUUAUAUAACAUUCACUCUAGCUGCUAAAAUAUUGUCUAUCGGCCAAACAAUUAUUAUUUUUGGUAAUGAUCCACGUGGAGGAAAAGAUUUUUUCGUAACAGACAAAACAGAGUCGACAGUUUGGGGUGAGAAGGAGCACGAGUACUUCAGAAAAUUACAAAACUUGCAAAUGAAAGCAGUUUUUAAUAUAAUCGAAUUCGAAAACACGAUUGAUGAGUUAAAAAAAUGUGUUACUAAACUUUUGUGGCACAUUGUUGUUGAAGACGCACAGCUGCUGCAGCAGUUGAAAUACAUAAAAGAUUUCUACCUCAUUGGUAGGGGUGAUUUAUUCCUCGACUUUAUUAAAUUAACGUCUCAUAUACUCAGUAAGCCUCCGACAAAUCAUACAUCUAGAGAUUUAAAUCUCGCAUUUCGUAUGGCGGUAAGAAAAAUAAUGCUGAAUGAUGAAGGUGCUGUUGAUGAUUUUAUAUUUUCUGUACCGAUGCCCGAGGCCCCGACCGAAGAUUCAAGUUCUUCAGAUUCUAGGAGCCAUGAAAAAACUCAAGACCCUACUGAUAAACAAGGAUGGGGAAUGAUUGUUUUGCAAUACCGUGUGUCAUGGCCGCUGCAAUUAUUAUUUAGUCCAAAAGCAUUAAAUGAUUACAAUACAAUAUUCCGAUUUCUUUUACGAGUUAAAAAAACUCAAAUAAAUCUUUGGAAUUUAUGGACUGAACAUACGUGUUCAAAAAAUAUUGAUAUUGGAGUAUUGCAACUGAGGAAUAACUUAAUAUUUAUUCUCGACAAUCUUCAAUACUAUUUACAAGUCGACGUACUCGAAAGUCAGAACACAAUAAUGGAAAAUCGUAUGAAGAAUACAGAAAAUUUCGAAGACGUUCAAACAGCCCACUCAGUUUUUUUAGCCAACGUAUUAUCCCAAACAUUUUUAGCAAGCAGCAACGAGAAACAAAAAAAUACAGUAAAUAAUUUACUCCGUUUACUUUUGCGUCUUUGCGACGACUUUAUUCUACAAGUGUCCAUAUGGGAAGUUAAUAAACUCUUGAGCACAGAAAAGGAGGAAUUAAAAGCGUUAACAGACACAUUGAUGACGAUAAUGGACGUGCUGAUAAAAACACUAAACAAAGUACGCGCUCAGCCGAGUGGUGUACAUUUAGCGCAAUUGCUGCUGCGUCUUGACUUCAACCGUUGGUUCAGUAUGCAAAUGUAAAUUAAAUAAAAUAUUAUAAUAUUAUUUUUUAUAAAUUUAAAUAUUGUUACGUUUAAUUUUGAUUUUUAUUGAGCAUUAGCUUAACUUAAUCAUACAUUUAUAUU